AAACACCAUUCCCCGGAUCUUGUUUCAAGUCUCUACCAACGCCCAAGGCUUCACCGACCUCCACCACCUCACUCACAUUGUGACCCCUUCUCUUUCCCAGACUUAUGCGGAUCUAUGCGUCCGUCUCUGAUUUCUAGCUUCAUUUGCUAGUAACCAUCAACAUGAGAAAUGAGGUGGUCUCUCUGAUAUCGCUCCUUUCACUUCUUCCAUUCGGCCUCUCACAGGAGGACACGAUCCCAUCAAGCCCCGAGUCGUUCCACCCGUGGUCUUUCGAGCCUGUGUGCACGCAGCACUUCGAAGCUCUCAAGGGCCCAUUAUGCGUGUAUACGAACGCAACAUUUAGCAAUGGACGCGGGAUUUCCAUAUUCACCACACCUGAGAUCUCCAAGGACUUCGCAGCUUCGCUGCCCUUCCAUGAGCCGUCAGCCCUCUCUGACCACGGGAUUAAUCCCUCCGAAGGGGAAGGGCCAUGGUACGUCCAAGACAUCCCUGGCAAGGGCAAAGGUGUACUCGCCAAGCGCGACCUGCACCGCGGUGACCGGAUAACCGCCUUCACGCCCUAUCUGCUCGUGCAUAUGGAGAGCGAGCUAUCAAUAAACGAGCGGGAGAAGUUCCUGUCUAUUGCAGUUGACCAACUCCCUGCCGCGAGUCAGGAGCACUACUUCAGCCUCGCGACGAUCUGGGGCGAGGCUGGAUACGAAGUCCAGGACGUGGUCAAGGCGAAUGGGUUUGAGAUGCAGGUCGGUGGGAAGAUGCAUGUCGCUGUAUUUCCAGAGACGAGCAGAAUGAAUCAUGCUUGCUCCCCCAAUGCUCAAUACUAUCUCGAACCCGGCCUGCUGACGCACUUCGUCCACGCGUCGAGGGAUAUCUCCACGGACGAGGAGAUCACGAUCUCGUAUGCGCCGCCUCUACGCUUUCACGAGGCCCGGCAGAAGUAUUUACUCGACUACUUCCAUUUUACGUGUACUUGUUCGCGGUGCAAGAAUGGCGAGGCAUCGGACCAUGCACUCCAUGAGAUUGAUGGGCUCCAGUCAAGUCUCGGGAACUGGAAGCCCGAGUCGACCGCCAGCGUCAAGAAGGCGGAGGAGUUGAUCAGGCUGUACAAGCAGGAAGGGCUGGAUGGCUUUCUGGACACUGCGUACGGGUAUGCUGCGCUCACGUACAAUGCGGUGGGGAGCGUCCGAGGAGCGAAGAAAUAUGCCAAGUUAGCGGGUGAGGCGGCUGCAAUGAAGUAUGGACCUUCACAUUCAGAUGUGAAUGUUUGGAAGGAGCUAGAGCGAGAUCCUCAAGGUCACGUCAGUUGGAGGAGGAGGAAGAUAGGGAAAUAGUUAGUCCCGAGUAUGCG